AUGUGUCAUAUAAUCCAAAACUUAAACGGAUCCAAAUUCAAUUCCGUUAUUUCUAAACGGCAUUAUCUUCUCAAAUUUCAUCCGAAGCAUAGACUUCAAGUUCUUGAUCAGUACUUAAACCACGUGAUCACCGUCGGAAAGGCAGCCACGGUCAAGAAUCGGAAACGUAAGCUUUACACUAAUAAUCCGAGUGAUAAUUGGUGGAAUUACAGGCAUAAUCUAUGGAGUCACGUAAUAUUCGAACAUCCGGCGACUUUUGAGACUAUCGCGAUGGAUCCAACGAAGAAGUCGACGAUCAUGAACGAUCUCAUAGCAUUUUCGAAAGAAAAAGAUUUUUUUUCGAAAGUUGGGCGGCCGUGGAAGCGUGGUUAUCUUCUGUAUGGACCGCCGGGAACCGGAAAAUCGAGUUUGAUCGCUGCCAUUGCUAAUUUCUUGGACUAUAAUAUUUACGAUAUUGAGUUAACGGCGGUUAAAGAUAACACUGAGUUGAGGAAGCUUUUGAUUGAUAUAAAUAGUAAGUCUGUCAUUGUUAUUGAAGAUAUUGACUGUUCGCUUAAUCUGACGGGACAAAGAAGUAGCGGAGUAAAAGAUAAGAAUAAUAGUGAUCCGUUGAAGGAUUUGAUUGGCAGUAGCGGCGGCGGCGGCGGCGGCGAUGACGAGAAGAAGAAAGAUAGUAAGGUGACUCUGUCAGGUUUAUUAAAUUUCAUUGACGGACUUUGGUCUGCGAGUGGAAGCGAAAGGAUUGUGAUAUUUACGACGAAUCAUAAAGAGAAACUUGAUCCGGCGCUGAUCCGACAGGGGAGAAUGGAUUAUCAUAUAGAGAUGUCGUAUUGUAAACUCGAGGGGUUCAAGAUUCUGGCGGAGAAGUAUUUGAAUAUUGAUUCGCAUGUGUUGUUUGGGAAGAUUGGUGAGUUGCUUGACCGAGUUGAUGUAACUCCGGCGGAGGUGGCGGAGCUUUUGAUGCCGGUUAUUGUACCGGGAAGUGACGUGGAUUGUAUUUUGAAGAGUUUGAUAGAAGCUGUUGAGAAGAAGGGAGAUGAAGUUGCCAAGGUGAAGAAAGCUGAAGAAGAAGCUGAGAGAAAUAAAAGAAAAGCUUUAAAAUAUGUUUUGAAAAAAUGGAAAAAACUUGGAAGAGUUUAGAAUUUUUUAGUUUAUGAGUGUUUUUGUUUUGUUUUAUUAGAAUUGGAGAUUAAUAUUGUAGUUUA